AUGGAUCAGCAGGCAGCUGCCGAGGCUGCUCCGGCUCCGUCCGGCUCCAGUUCGAGUUCAACGGCGGAACAGAUGCAGUCGCUGCCACGGCACAGUGCACCCAAGCGUUCGCUGACGCUGCCACGAAUAUUGGUGCCGCAAUCGGUGCUGGGUGCUGGCGGGGCGGGCAGUUCCAGUGGCGGCGGCGGCGGCGGCGGCGGCGUUGCCACUGGGCGUGGUGGCUUCUAG